UGUAGUUUGUAGUAGUAGCAGCCGCAGAUAUCCACUGUCCCAAACACCAAACCCUCUUUGGAAAAAUAAAAGGGAUCGAUUAAUUCGAAUCUUCAUCGAGUUAGGUCACUUUGUCACCCCAUUUCCGUUAGAAUUGAUCAGGUUUGUGAGUGUUUGUUUAGUGUUUACGAUCUCUGGAUCGUUGUAGACUUUCUGUGAUUUUGGAGCUUGUAAAAUCAUGGUUUUAUGCCAUGGAAGAUAAGCAGUCAGUUGCAAUACUCAUAGACUCAACAACCUCUAAGAUACAGCAGCUUCAGAAAGCAUUUGCUGAACUUGAAAGUCAUCGUGCUGUAACACUUAAUCUGAAAUGGAAAGAACUUGAGGAGCAUUUCCAUGGGCUUGAGAAAUCCUUGAAGAGGCGCUUUCAUGAGUUGGAAGACCAAGAGAACGAAUUUGAGACUAAAACAAGGAAAUCUCGGGAAAUGCUGAAGAAGCGUGAAGCUGCUGUUGUAGCCAAAGAACAAGCUUCACUGGUGAGGCUACAAGAAAAGAGAGAUGCUACUGUUUUUUCCAUUACUAAUGCUCUAGAAAAUCAUAGGAAAGUAUCACUUGAGGAGCCUGCUGGUGUCAGCUGUGAUGGAGACAUUGGUGAACUGUCAGUUGAGGAUAAACCACCAGAUUCUGUAGCUUCUGAAAGAAAUUUGGAGGGUAUAAAAUGUUCUGAGAAUGGAAAUUUUGAGGUGAAAUCUUAUCCCCGGUUGGUAAAACUUUGUGAAGAAAUGGACUCUGAAGGACUGCACAAGUUUAUAUCAGAUAACCGUAAGAACCUUGCUGCCCUAAAAGAGGAAAUUCCUUGGGCAUUGAAGGCUGCAGCAAGCCCAGCUCACUUGGUCCUGGAAUCUUUGAAAGGAUUUUACCCUUUAGGAGCACUGAAUGUGGACCGAAAGAAAGAUUCAAAUCUACUGGGUCUUAGGCGAACCUGUAUUAUGUUGAUGGAAUGUCUUAGCUUUUUGCUAAGUACUAUGGAUGCGGUGUCUGUUUCUGCAGAAAUCUCUGAAGAUAUUAAGGAGCAAGCAAAGUUAAUUGCUGAGGAAUGGAAACCAAAGUUGGAUACCCUUGACCUGGAUGCUAGUAAUGGUAAUUCAUUGGAAGCUCAUGCUUUCCUGCAACUUCUUGCCGCUUUUGGUAUUGCUUCUGACUUCAAAGAGGAAGAACUCUCAAGGCUGAUACCAGUGGUCUCUCGUCGUCGUCAAACAGCUGAUCUCUGCCGUUCCCUUGGUUUGUCUGAAAAAAUGCCAGGUGUAAUUGAAGUUUUAGCGAAUAGUGGAAGGCAAAUUGAUGCAGUUAACCUGGCUUUUGCAUUUGAUCUUACAACACAGUUCUCACCUGUACCUCUACUCAAGGCCUACUUGAGGGAGGCAAAAAAGGCUUCUUCCCCUGUUAAGCCUGGAAAUGCCUCUCUCACUGCUCAGACCGAGUUUAGCGAGCGAGAGUUGGCUGCUCUGAAGGCUGUGAUAAAAUGCAUUGAGGAGCAUAAUCUUGAGGAGCAAUACCCUGUUGAUCCACUUCAGAAGCAGGUUCUCCACUUGGAGAAGGCUAAGGCAGAUACGAAGGGGGCAACUGAAGCUGCAAAGCCUCAACCAAAGAGGCCUUGUGCCAUUGGUGCUGGAUAUGGUCCACGGGUCACUAACGUGGCUGCUGACAAACCAUUAUAUUCUAGAGUCGCUGACAGGUAUCCACAGUACGUGUAUGACAGACCCUACGUUUACCCCGGACCUGUUGACAAUCAUGGCCACACUCUUCUUGGUUCAGCCACUUACAACUUGUCUCCCAGUCAUGGUAACUACUUCGGCUACCAGUAUCAGGUUCCCUAUCUCCACUAAUUCCCAAAAGAAUGGCAACAGGGUGACUGUGAUCCUCACUAAACUAUUAGCCUUAACCUUCCACGUUGCAGUGUUUAUGUACUUGGUAUCUAAAAAACAACAAAAAAUAAAAAAAAGCCUUGUUAAUUUUAAUCUGUUGUACAAGAAGAUGCUUUAAUCCUCUAAUAUAUGCACUCUGUUUUU